CGAAAACAGUGUACUAAAUUCAGGGUGAAGACAAAAUAAAUGUAAGAAUAAUUAACCUCCCUAAUCAAAUUUAACUAACACGAAUUUCAUCGCUCUAUCGUGUUAAACAACAAAGUUCGUAUUUAUCUGUUGCUAUUUCCUAGAGUACCACACUAGUAAGUGAAGUACAUGAUUAAAUAAAUAAUCCUCGAAUGUAUUUACUCACAAAGAUUAAUCUCGAUAAUACAAUUUUUUCCGAUAACGUAAAACGAAAAAUACAAACUUACACUAUAAAGAUGUACUUGAAUCUUCACAUUUCUAUAUUCUGGAUUUUGGUUACGCGAGCGUCCGCCGAUGUAGUUACCCUAACUAAAAAUCAAAGUAUUACGUGUGUUUUAACAGAAGAAAGUGUUUAUUCAGCUUUGUACAUAUCACCAAACUCAUCAGAUAAUCCACUCAUAGAUAGCAAAAGAACGCUCACUGAAUUAACCCGAUGGGUUAUAAACGACUGGAACGUAAGUACCACUCAAGAACUACCAUUUUAUCCAGUCGUAGAUGUACGUUGGGAAGAAUUUCCGAACGUAAAAAAUGCCCAAAUUAACAUCGCUCCAGCCAACGUUAUUUCUUUCUCCUUGUGUUUCGUCAAAAGAAUUACUCUGAACGCAGAUGGCGGAGAAUUCAUUUCAAUUGUACGGGAUAAACACGAAAAUGUGGAACAAAAUGUCUGUCAAUGGUCACAUUACACAGUGCGCCAAAACAAAAUUUUGGAAAUCAAAUUUUCGGAAACCGCUGUCCAUGAAAUGGAAGUAUGGAAGCUAGGAUUUAAUCCAAAAUACAUAAUUUUAAGUGGAGUGAGAAUAAAAACACACCAAUACGAUUUCCGAUACUCCCAUCUGACUACUCUUAACAAUGCGAUCAGUUUUCUGAAUAUUAGCAAUCUAUCAAAUUCUACCGAUCUUUGCAUUUCUUUGUUUGUGUCUGUGGAUGAAAACUGCUAUCUAGAUGUAGUACUAGAAUCAGGUACCACCCACAAAACUGUAAGAGUGGACGGCUUUAAUUUAGAAAAUAAACCAAAAUCUUGGAAGCGAAUUGAAAUUCACACUAGUAGUUACAACGGUACUGGAAAGCUCAAUUUCUAUCGUUCUAGAAGUGACGAUAAAAGAGAAGGGUUCUGGGCAAUCGAUAAAGUACACAUCUGUAGACUUUCCACGGAUGUAUACAGUUUGACGGUAAAAAGUGAAAAUUCUUCGUACACGUGUAAAACACUAGCUACUUCCAAUAGUAGUACUUUCUGCGAACUACCUGGACUUUUAGGUCACAAAUGUACAGCCAAAUGUGACCAAAUUUUAGGACAGUCGUACCCGUUUUGUGAAGGUUAUAAGAUUUGUUUGGACAAUGGAACUUGUGAGUGUUCAUGGGGGUUUAAAGGAACGACGUGUAACCAAAGUUGUACUGGCGACAAUUGGGGCCGUGACUGUGCGUCAACUAUAAAUUAUGGGAAUUGUGUGAGUCACAACAACAAAGUUGGUUGUUUUAAAUGUAUGAAGAAAUUUACUGGAAGACAGUGCACAGAAAAACUACCAGUUGUGCUAAAACCUCCUACGUUAGUUUCCGCCAAGACAAAUUUUGCUGAAAUUUCGUUUAACUUGACGUAUGGUGAAGACGAAAAAGAACCAGACUUUUACCAAAUUCAGUACAAAGAAAGUAACGGUACCACUUUCGAAAAUUUUUCUGAUCUAGUACCCUUCCAAAAAUCCCUCUCAAACGGAACAGUGACCAUUCCAACGAGUUCUUUCGGUUACAAAAUUCGGGUGUUGUUGUUCGUAGGAAACGAACACUAUGAAGAAGGAGUACCUGAGUUGGUAACAACCCCCACAUCAAGAAAAAAUUGGUACAUAGCUAUCAUUGUUAUAUCAAGCAUACUUAAGAAUCACUGGCUAUUUGGAAUCCUCACUGGUGUAUUUUUCUUAUACGUUGUAUUGGUACCCGUAUUUCUCUACUUCUGUGGAAAAAAGAAUAAAGCCAACGGUCCACAAGUCGAAGUAAUAACUUUACUAUCUUUAGACGACAGCGACACCAAAAACAUACCAAUUAAGGAAAUAGAAACUUACGUAAAAGCUUCUGUGGAAAAAAAAUUGCUAAGCGAGCAAUUUAAGUUGUUAGCGGAUGAAAAAUUUGGAACUUGUGAGGUGGCUCUGUGGGAGGAAAAUUUAAAGAAAAACAAAGACCAGCGUUACAUUCCAUGUACAAUCGCACGCAAAUGUUUUGAGCCUAUGGGCGGAUCGUUUUUGCCUGCCCUCACCGAAGAAGGCGGUCCAAAUCCUUCAAGGGCAGAAUUUGUAGAUGAUUCCACAAGAGUGAUUUUGGGAGACUUGGAAGACGUUGGUACCGACGAUUACAUAAACGCCAGCUACAUAGACGGUUUCAGACACUGCAAAGCUUACAUCGUCUACCAGGGAACCAAGGACACCGAGACCGACUUCUGGCGGAUGAUUUGGCUAGAAGAAGUAGAAACAAUGGUGCUAGCUGUAGACUUUAACGACGACUACAUUAGAGAAGAUUGUUGGUCUUCGAGUUUGAAUUCCGUCAACACCUUCGGCGCCAUCACUGUCAGAAACGUAGCAGAAGGAACUCACUCCAAUUACCACGAACGAGUUUUCGAGGUCACUUAUAUGAAGAACCAAAGACAGGUGCGGCAGCUACAUCUUAGUUGCUCUUGGCCGCUGUACCCAGACGAGCUUUUGCCCAUUUUGAAACACCUGCACCAAACUUCCAGAACGAGUCUCUCCCCGAUUGUGGUUUAUUCUGGGUCGGAAACCAACAGAAGCGGGACUUUGAUUCUGUGCGAUUUGGCUCUCCAUAUGGGUGAAGCUGAAGGUAGCGUCAACUUUCAUGUUCUUCUGGGUAACAUGAGGCAACAGAGGCCACAUAUGGUCAACAAUCUGGACUAUUAUGUCUUAGCUCAUUUAACAGUACUGGAGUUUCUUCUAGACGAAGUAAAUCCGUUUAGGACGAAACUUACAGACAAUUUAGACGCUAAAGUGGUUGAAGAGCAGUGUAAAUACUUGGAGAAGAUGUUCUGGGCCGACUCGGUGGUUCAGAAUUUGGCUCCACAACCGAAAAUGAGGAAUCCGCUUCGUCUGACUUUUGUUGACGGUUACCAGAAACCUAAUCGAUUCUUACUUUGUCAGCAACCCUCAAAAAGACUGUUGUUGGAGUUUUGGGAAACUAUCAUUAGUGAAAAUAUUAGUCACGUGUUAUUUAUAAAUGCGAACAAAGACAAAUUAUGGCCGUGCAAGUUUACCGAAUCUGGUGUAACCAUCAGUGUUAUUCUGCAGACGUAUGUAGAAGUUACGCCAUCGUAUACUCUUGCCAGGUUGUUACUUUCCAAGUACAGUAAGGACUCGAACAAUGGGAGAAACGGUCAAGAAGUAUUAUUUUUUGAAUUGGUAGACUGGAACUUGAAAGAACAGAUACCACAGUCCAUAGACAACGCACUUAUUACAGUACACUAUAUUAACAAAGUUAUGGAAGAAAAUGAGACACCUAUUUUAAUUACUACCAUGGUCGGAAUGAACGCCAGUAGCCUCUUCACUGUAUUAUGUAACGUUCUCGAUAAACACAAAAAAGAACGUGAAGUAGAUGUUUACAGAUUCUUAAGAACCGCAAACAGACACAAUUCUACCUUCUUUAUUCGAACGAGACAACUAAAAUUUCUUUAUGACACAAUCCUAGAAUACAUAACCACAAUUAAAUAAAAAUGGCAUUUUUUUUUGUAA